CAAAACCGGCCCCGAAAAGACUGGUGUUCGCGGCAGCCCAUAUAUUAUUGAGUAUUUGGCUUUAAUUCCACAGCAUCCUCAAGACUAAAUCAUGGUGAUCAAGACCGAAACCUGCGCCUUUAGCGAAAGCCGUAUCUACCCCGGCCACGGUGUCCGUCUCGUCCGCAAGGACGGCAACGCGUACACGUUGUUGAACUCCAAGUGCAAGUCGCUCUUCUUGCAACGCAAGAAGCCUGCCAAGAUUCACUGGACGCUUGGCUGGCGCCGCAUGAACAAGAAGCUUCGUGUGGAAGAAACCAGCCGUCGCCGCGCUCGCAAGACGACCAAGAUCCAACGUGCUAUCGUCGGUGUCUCCGUGGACGAACUCAAGAAGAAGCGCAACCAAAAGCCCCAGCUCCGCGCUGCGGCCCGUGACGCUGCCUUGAAGGAAGCCAAGGACCAAGCCAAGGCCAAGAAGGCCGCCGCCCCCGCUCCCCAAAAGAAGCAAGUCAUCAAGAACGCCCCCAAGGGUGGCAAGAAGACGGGCAACCGCGGUGCGUUGUAAGGAGUUUCCUCAACUGCUUCGAGCAUGGGUUUAGGCCUCGGAGGCUGUGGACGAUAAACCAUAAUCCAAUGCAUCUACGCACUGGAGAACCUCGCGUGGCUCUUUUUCCCCCGUCGUCAUACCUUGAAUGAUGUUCCCCU